GGCACCUAACUUCUUGGACAUCCUCGCUGGCUUCUUGGUCACCGGGGCUGUCGGCGUCGCCGCUGCAGGGCGCUUGCGGGGCCCGCUGGGCUCUGCCGUGGGCGAAGGGAGCGCUGACGGCACGGUGUCCUGCGUGGGCGCGUUCGGCGCGCGCGAG